AUGAACUAUUAAAAAAGUCGAAUUUUAAGUGAUAAUGAAAUACAAUCCAUUUAUGAAUAACUCUAGACAAAUUUGAAGUUAAUGACGGAGUGUUUGAAGCACAAUAAAACAUUGAUGAAGGAUUUUGGUAAGGCAACUUGUGACUAUGGAGACAAAAUCGAGGAUCUCUCUAAAAGAACCAUCAAGGAUAUGAUGAAAAUCAACACAAAUUACAUACUUAAGGAGAUGAGUGGAUAGAUUAAAAUAAUUGGUUCAUAAAUUAUGGGAACAUCUUAGGCCAUUAAAGAAUUAAUGAAUCCAAUCGUAGAGGAGGGGAAAGUUCUGAAAUAAUCAUACAAUGAUUAUGUUAAGCAAAUAAAUUAAAGGAAAAAAGAUCAAGAAGAGUAAUUUAAGAAAUUGGAUGAAUUGAAAACUAAAAUUGGAGUAUAUCAAACAUCGAUCUAUCCAAUUGAAAAAUAGAUGACAUCUCAAUUUAGAUAGUUGAAACAAUAAGAAUAAAUGAUGAUUGAAGAGCAAAAGCUUAAACAUAUGUAUGUAGGACAAUGCAAAACAGAUUUAAAUAAUUUUAUAAUUGAAGAAAAUUAAAUAGUUGACUAAAAAAUUAAUUAAAUUACUCUUAAAUGUUAUGAAUUGGUAAGUCUGUGUUUGGAUGAGUACAACAAGAAAUUUAAAGAUAUUGCUUAAGUUAAGCAUUUGAUGGAUUAUUCAAUGAAAUCUUGUGAUAGAUCUUCUAAAAGGAGUAUUACACCGUCAAAGUUCUCUGCAUUAUCUCAUUGUUCAUCUUAGAAUGGACAUAGUUAAAGAUCUAGAUCUAGGUCACCAUCAACUUAGAUUUAAGGAAUGGAAAGAUUUAGAGAUAAUAAUAAUUCUAAGUAGGAUAUUUCCAUUGCUAAGAACAAUUAAUGCUAAAAGGAGAACCUUCAUACAAAAGAACCUAGUAGAGAUGCUCUGGUUAGUACAAAAAAUUAGAGUAAAAACUUAGUUAAGAAAAAUGAGGACUUUAACGUUGUAGAAUCAGAGUUAUUUGAAGAUUUUUUGAAUAAAAACUAUAACAAUAAUAAUAAUAAAAGCAUCGGACAUAGCAAAUCAAGAAGUAUUUUAAAAGAGAAUUUCAAUGAAACAACUGGAUAUAUGAUAAAACCAUAGUCUAAAAUUAAUACUAAGUAAAGGAGUGAUAGUAGGAGACAAAUAAGUAAUAGAGUUACUUCAGAUGAUGACUAUAUUUGA